AAGCCUUGUAACAACGUCCACAAAAACCCUGCUAUUGUUUGCAAGAAAUGGCCCAGCAGCGAGUCUCUCAUGUGCUUCGUCGUUUGGCGGCACCUCAACUGCUUCCCACAGCAUCCCGCCAUUUCCACGGUACCGCAUGGGCUUUUCAACAGAAAACCAUGGCUGAGCCUACUCGCAGUAUCGCUGAUAAUCUCACCAAUAAAUUCAUGAAGCUUAACGAAGGAAAACUCUCAAAGAACCAUUACAGACGAGUCGCUCAACCAUCACAAGUCAUCAGAUUUGAUCACAUGCCAGUGACGGCCACAGCCGAAGAUAUCAAGAAACUGGCUCGAGAAGCUUUCCCUGAAGGCGAUAAAGCAAUUCGCGAGAUCAUAUUUACUCGUACCUCUGGGUUCCAGUUCACCGGCUGUUGCCUUGUCCAUAUGAACGACACCGAUAACGGAAAGCGACUGUAUGAUUACGCAAACAUGCGUUAUGUUGGUGGAAAUUUAGUGAAGCUGACCUAUAUGCGGAUACCAAAGGAUGGACCUGCGGCGUAUCUUAACAAGUAUCGACCCAGUGAAUUGGUUUCCGUGACAGAUUCUGUAAGUUUUGCUGGUCGUUCGGUGAUCAUGAGUGGAUUUCCGCCCAAGACACGCCCUGAGCACUUGUUGGGCUUGCUCCGAUCAAGGAACUACUUUCCCGAAGAAGGCAUCCCGGAUAACGUUGUCCAUUUGAAAACAAAAUCACACAGCGCUUUAGCCAAGUUUUUGGUGAAAUUUGAGUCAGAGGCUGAAGCAUGGCGAUGUGUGCGCGCUUUCCACAAUUAUGAUUUCCAUUUAUCUUCGCGCGGAGAAAACUACAAGCUGCAUGCUUCGGUAGCUUACUAGAUAUAGAAUGUAUUGAAUAAAAUAAUUGUAUAGAGAAACGGGCCACAUUUGAAAAAGGG